AGAGAUUCAGCAACAAUGGCAGAGAGGAGCAGCAGGGAGAAAGUCAAUGGAGAGAGCAACAACUUCUUUUCUAAACUGGGAUCAGGGAGUCCCAAGCCCAGGCAGAAAUAUGGGGGGAUGUUCUGCAACGUGGAGGGCGCUUUUGAAAAUAAAACCAUCAAUUUUGACUCUCUAAGUGUCGGCAAGAAAAAUGGCAGAAAGAUGGAAAUGAGCAACUCGAGUCCUGAAUCGGAGAAUGGGAGCGACUGCGGCAGUAUCAGCAGCCUGGACAGGCAAGGAACUGACAAAUUGGAAAUCCAGGGGUCCACCAAGCUUAACAUGCGGGAUGUGACACCUCAGAGUGACCGACUUCUAAUACAAGGUGGGAAGAUUGUGAACGAUGAUCAGUCCUUCCUGGCCGAUAUCUAUAUUGAAGAUGGUUUAAUAAAGCAAAUUGGAGAGAAUCUAAUUGUUCCUGGUGGGGUGAAAACCAUUGAUGCCCAUGGGUUGCUGGUUGUACCCGGAGGGAUAGAUGUUCACACAAGGCUCCAGAUGCCGGUCAUGGGGAUGACUAGCUCUGACGAUUUCUUCCAAGGAACAAAAGCUGCACUUGCUGGAGGCACCACCAUGAUAAUUGACCAUGUCUUCCCUGACUCUGGAAUGAACCUGGUACAAGCCUACGACCAAUGGAGAGAAUGGGCUGAUGGCAAGGUGUGCUGUGAUUAUUCCCUGCAUGUAGAUAUUACCCACUGGCACGAGAGCCUGAAAGAAGAGCUAGAGGCAUUAGUGAAGGAUAAAGGUGUCAACUCCUUUCUCGUUUUUAUGGCCUACAAAGACCAAUACCAGUGCACAGACGCAGAGAUGUAUGAAAUAUUCUGCAUUAUCAGAGACCUGGGAGCAAUAGCCCAAGUGCAUGCAGAAAACGGGGACAUUAUUCAAGAGGAGCAAAAUCGUGUGUUGGAAUGUGGCAUCACAGGGCCCGAGGGUCAUGUACUCAGCCACCCUGAAGAGGUGGAAGCGGAGGCAGCGUACCGUGCAAUAACAAUCGCAAAGCAGGCCAACUGCCCCCUAUACAUCACCAAGGUUAUGAGCAGAGGAGCUGCAGAUGUGAUUGCCCAAGCAAAGAGAAAAGGAAUUGUUGUGUAUGGGGAGACACUCACAGCCAGCAUUGGCACGGACGGAACUCAUUACUGGAGCAAAAACUGGGCAAAGGCUGCUGCCUACGUGACCUCCCCUCCUAUAAGCCCUGACCCCUCAACUCCUGACCAUCUCACUUCAUUACUCUCAUGUGGCGAUCUUCAAGUGACGGGAAGCGCACAUUGCACCUUUACCACAGCACAGAAAGCUGUCGGGAAGGACAACUUCACUAUGAUUCCUGAGGGGACAAAUGGAAUAGAAGAAAGGAUGACAAUCAUUUGGGAUAAGUGUGUGACUUCUGGCAAAAUGGAUGAGAAUACGUUUGUGGCUGUGACCAGCACCAACGCUGCAAAACUCUUCAAUGUGUAUCCCCGAAAGGGAAGGAUCGCAACGGGUUCGGAUGCCGAUUUAGUCAUCUGGAAUCCCAAAACGGCAAAAAUUAUCUCUGCAAAGACCCACAAUGUGGCCUUGGAGCUGAACAUAUUUGAAGGGAUGGAAUGCCACGGUGCCCCAGAGGUUGUGAUUAGUCAGGGAAGGAUUGUGCUGGAAGAUGGAAAUCUCCAUGUGAGCCAGGGAUCCGGACGUUUUGUACCCAGGAAAACAUUUCCCGAUUAUGUGUACAAGAGGAUCAGAGCUAGAAACAGGCUAGCAGAAAUACGUGGUGUUCCCAGGGGCUUGUACGACGGACCUGUCCACGAUGUCACGAUUAGCCCCAAGUCAGCAGCACCCGCGCCAGCUUCAAGGAUAACUUGUCCUGGAAAGAUCCAAAUGGGACCAGUUCGAAACUUACAUCACUCUGGAUUCAGCUUGUCAGGAUCUCAAGAAGAUGACCACAUUCCAAGACGCACUACACAAAAAAUAGUAGCACCCCCUGGUGGCCGUUCUAAUAUUACCUCUCUCUCGUAGUAUUACUGUAAAAAAAAAAAACGCUGAAUAGCAAAAGAAGUAGGUACUAGUGGGAAAGACUGGAACCUGCAUGAUGAUUAUAUGAAAUGUGGUCCUUAAUGCAAUGUUUUCUAUUGGCCGUUGUUCCCGGAUCCUUCUCAAAGAGGGUUAGAAAGGGAUUGGAGAAACUGAAAGAUAAUAGUACUGUAAAAUUGCCUCUGUUUUGGCUAUAACUAGGUUAAAUUAUUAGUGUAUAAUUAUAUUUCCAGUGCAGGCCCGUCAAUAGUACAUUUUACAUUGAACUGUCAUUAACAGCUACAAAAGGAUUUUGUUUAAAAAUCUUUUAUGGGGAAAAGCCAAAGGCAUCGUAUCUGCUCUAUCUGAAUUAAAAGGUGGUCAUAACAUAUUCCGUAUGGAUGUUUACAUAUAUAUAUAUAUAGAUUAGCACAGUAUUCAACAAAGCCUCUUUAUUUUCUGCUUGGGGUCCUAGUAGUUUUGUUGAGGAAUAUGCUUCAAGCAUCCAUAGCGGCACAGCUAAUAAAAUAUGCAUGCAUAACAGCCAGGAACAAGGGAUAUUGUACAGACAGAUAGUUCAAUUGCAUCUUAUACAGUUUCUUACAAAGAACUAAGAUCCAUGAUUUUCAGUUGGGUGCAGUGAAGUUUGCCCUAGCCUGGCAUUCACUUACUAUCAUUUUACUAAAACAGAAAAGCAGCUGAUUGGUUGCUGCACAAGGGACAAACACUUGUGCAAAUAUAAUAUGAAGUUAUUUUAUUUCUUUCUUAGAAAUAUAAAUGCUUAGUAGAACAUAGUGGUCUCCAUUAGUAAAAGAAGUAUAUAGGGAAUCAACCCUUCAGGUUACUGUGUAGGUUCUACUGGUGCUCAAGGUUUUUUCUUACUUGCAACUGAUAAAGUUGAGAGUUUAUCAUUCAUUUUCGAAGUACAUGAACAUGUCUGCAACCUUGUUUGAUCUAAUUUCAUCCUAAACUCUUAUGCGCCAUUGAAUAAAACACAUCUCUUCUACAUGGGCCUGAAUAUAUUGAAUAUGGGCAGACUAUAUCCAGACUCUAUCUGACUAUAUCUGAUGUGUAGUAGGCUUGCACUUAUAAAUGCUUUGGAGAAGUAGGAAUAAGAUUCAUGUCUGCUGCAAAUAAUCUUUGCAUUGUGAGCUUCUUCUCGUUGGGAAGACGGAUGAGAAUAAACCACCCUUCCAAAAACUUCA